GCAGGAACAAAAUCGAUUUUUCUCCCCUUCAGCUUGGCGGCUGUCCAGGUGCCUGCUAUGGCACAACGAAGUGUGUAGCUGCGGAGGGAGGGACUUGUGGUUGGUGUGGAGGGAGCUGCAAAGAGACUGAAGUUUUAUCAUUGAACCAAUCACACUUGAUGGAUUUAUUUCUGGACUCAAUUUCCCAGGAACUCUACCCAUCUCACCCUGUAGGAAAUGCCUCGGCUGACGUUUCUCUAGCUCCGGCUUUGUGAGUUAAGGACCUUUGGAGUUACUUGCAGCAACUCUGUCACAACUGACACGUCCAUCAGCUCCGAGAAAAUGUUUGCUGUCCACUUGCUAGCUUUCUAUUUUACCAAACUAAAAGAAGAUCAAAUAAAAAAGGUUGACAGGUACCUGUAUCACAUGCGCCUCUCCGACGACACCUUGCUGGAUGUGAUGGCUCGCUUCCAGGCCGAGAUGGUAAAGGGCCUGGGGAGAGACACAAACCCUACGGCGGCGGUGAAAAUGCUGCCGUCGUUUGUGCGCUCGCUGCCCGACGGCUCAGAAAAGGGCGACUUCCUCGCUGUUGAUCUGGGUGGCUCCCAGUUUCGUGCCCUCCAGGUGAAGGUGUCUGAUGUUGGGAAGCAGAGCAGCCAACUGGAGAGCAAAUUUUACCCCACACCUAAGGAAGUCAUCCAGGGGAAUGGAGCUGAGCUCUUCGAUUAUGUUGCUGACUGUCUGCUAGACUUCAUGGAGUCCAAAAACCUGAAGCAUAAGAAUUUACCUCUUGGCUUUACUUUUUCUUUUCCAUGCAGACAGACCAAACUGGAAGAGGGGGUGCUCCUUAACUGGACAAAACACUUCAAGGUCCGAGGCGUUCAGGACACGGAUGUGGUCAGCUCUCUGCACAAGGCCCUCAAGAAGCAUAAGGGCAUAGAUGUUGAUGUCUUAGCACUGGUUAAUGACACCGUGGGAACCAUGAUGACUUGUGGAUAUGAUGACCCGCGCUGUGAAGUUGGACUUAUAAUUGGGACAGGCACCAACGCCUGCUACAUGGAGGAGAUGAGGCACAUCGACCUGGUGGAAGGCGACGAGGGGAGGAUGUGCAUUAACACGGAGUGGGGGGCCUUUGGGGACGACGGUGCUUUGGAUGACAUCCGCACGGAGUUUGAUCGAGAGCUUGACCUGGGGUCUCUCAAUCCUGGAAAACAACUGUUUGAGAAGAUGAUUAGCAGCCUGUACCUGGGCGAACUUGUAAGACUCAUUCUUCUAAAAAUGACGAAGGAAGGCCUGCUUUUCAAUGGGAAAGUAUCAACGGCCCUGUGUACUAAGGGCAAGAUCGAAAUGAGACAUGUGGCUGCAAUGGAAAAAUAUAAGGAAGGUCUGAGUAACACGAAAGAGAUACUUACAGAGCUGAACCUGUUUCCUUCUGAAGAGGACUGUAUUGCUGUUCAGCAUGUCUGCACCAUCGUUUCCUUCCGCUCAGCCAACCUCUGCGCUGCAGCCUUGGCAGCCGUACUGACACGACUGAGGGAGAAUAAAAAGGUGCUAAGGCUGCGAACCACCGUUGGAAUUGAUGGGACCCUCUACAAAGCCCACCCCCAGUAUGCGAAACGUCUGCACAAGGUGGUGAGAAGGCUGGUCCCAAACUGCGAUGUUCGAUUCCUCCUGUCUACAAACGGCAGCGCAAGGGGGGCCGCCAUGGUCACGGCGGUGGCGCGCAGGCUGGCCGUGCAGCGCAAGCGGAUCGACGCCGUUCUCGCACCGUUUCUGCUCUCCCCCGAGACCCUCUGGGAAGUGAAGAACAAAAUGAGGACAGAGCUGGAAUAUGGGCUAAAGAGGGAGACGCAAGGCAGUGCCACGGUGAAGAUGUUACCCACAUAUGUCUGCGGGACCCCAGAUGGAACAGAGAAAGGAAAGUUCCUUGCCCUUGAUCUUGGUGGGACUAAUUUCAGAGUUCUGCUGGUCAAAAUUAGAAGCGGGAGAAGGAAAUCGGUGCGAAUGUAUAACAAAAUCUUUGCCAUUCCUUUGGAGAUCAUGCAAGGGACAGGGGAAGAGCUCUUUGACCAUAUUGUGCAGUGCAUAGCAGACUUCUUGGAGUAUAUGGGGAUUAAAGGUGCCCGGCUGCCUCUGGGCUUCACCUUCUCUUUCCCUUGCAGGCAAGCUAGCAUUGACAAGGGAACGCUUGUAGGUUGGACAAAAGGUUUUAAGGCAACGGAUUGUGAAGGGGAAGAUGUUGUUGAUAUGCUGAGGGAAGCUAUCAAGAGGAGAAAUGAGUUUGACUUGGACAUUGUAGCAGUGGUGAAUGACACUGUUGGGACGAUGAUGACGUGUGGGUAUGAGGAUCCAAACUGUGAGAUUGGCCUCAUUGCAGGAACAGGCAGCAAUGUGUGCUACAUGGAAGACAUGAAAAACAUAGAAAUAGUAGAAGGGAAUGAAGGAAAAAUGUGCAUUAAUACAGAAUGGGGAGGAUUUGGUGACAACGGCUGCAUUGACAACAUCAGAACAGAAUAUGAUAAAGAAGUAGAUGAAGGUUCACUAAAUCCAGGGAAGCAGAGGUUUGAGAAAAUGACCAGUGGAAUGUAUCUAGGUGAAAUAGUGAGGCAAAUUUUGAUCGACUUAACCAAGCAAGGACUGCUGUUCAGAGGACAGAUUUCAGAAUCACUCAGGAAAAGAGGCAUAUUUGAAACAAAAUUCCUAUCUCAGAUUGAGAGCGACCGACUAGCUCUUCUACAAGUCCGGCGAAUCCUGCAACAGCUCGGCCUGGACGGCACGUGCGAGGACAGCAUCAUCGUCAAGGAGGUGUGUGGAGCUGUUUCCAGGAGAGCUGCCCAGCUCUGUGGGGCAGGGCUGGCGGCUAUCGUGGAGAAGAAGAGAGAAAACCAAGGCAUGGAGCAUUUGCACGUCACUGUUGGAGUGGAUGGGACUUUGUACAAGCUCCAUCCACAUUUUUCUAGGGUCCUGCGGGAAACAGUGAAGGAACUGGCACCACAGUGCGAUGUGACUUUCAUGCUGUCUGAAGAUGGGAGUGGGAAGGGAGCUGCCCUCAUUACUGCAGUAGCGAAAAGAUUGCGUAGUGCUGGAGAAUACUAAAAACAAGAGGUCAGGUCACUUCAGCAUUGCCAGGCAUGUGCCCUAGAGAUUUGCUGAGCGGUGAUUCAGGAUAGCUUUGCCAGACACCGGUACACAGGUACCUGUUUUCAGGAAGCAGCUGGUUUUUGACUAAUGAGCUUUUUUGGCCCUUGGUAACUUGAAUCAAGUGUUUCUGCUGACAUUCGCAGACGUUAUGUCUUGGGAUACUGCAAGCUACUCAAUUCUGUGCUUCCUGCAAUUCAUCUGUAGCGCAUGUGAGAGUUCAAAAAAACAAAAUGAAAAAACCCAACAUGUCUUCUUACAAUGACUUAAGUCACUGCCCACAAAUGAGUUUAUCACCCGAUUUCUUAGAAUUUUGGGUUUUUUAUUUUUGGCUUGGCCUGGCUCUAGGAGGGAUGUUGAGAUCCUGGUUGUUGCACAUAUCUAGCAGACAUGUUCAUUCAACGCUUCAGAUUUCGCAAUAAAUCUGCAGGUAAAAUAAAUUAAUAGGCUUUAUUCAGUGAUGCUUUAUUCCUUUUCUGCUACAUUGGUUACAAGUGCAUUGUAAUGUGAUAUUUCUCUGAGUACAGAGGACAUGAUUAACCAAUGAAUGUAGUGGAAAAAGAUGAGUCCACAAAAUAGCAGUUUGUGUCAAAAUGUAUUAGUUCAUUUGAGCGUGCAAAAUCAUAAACCAAUUCUGGAUGGAUUCUGACUGUGACUGAUUCUUCUCAUCUGAGAGUGAAAGAGAAGAUAGAGCAGCUACAGAGUCUGCUGCUCCUAUGCUAGAACUACCUAGACAACAUCAAAUCUGUUCAUCUCUGGGCUGCAAAAAAGCUAUGUAGAAAGUAAUUACCUCAGUUUCUCAGAUUCUUCUCUGUUUUCUAUUGCUUGUCUCCUUGUCUACUCAAACCCAUUUCUACGACAUGAGAAUUAACCUGUGUGCUUGUGUGGCCAAAAGCCUGACUUACCCAUUGCAGAAUUAAUUAAAAACAAUAAUGAUGCGGAGAAGUACCUAAUUUAGAACCUGCUGUUCUCUUGUCAAGUAUUUCUAUAUCUCCUUUAAUCCUUCUUGGGUAUUUGCUUUGGGGUGGCAGCAGAAAGUAAGGCCAGCCUUAAACCUAGGUGGGUCCAAAAGUAACAAUUGUGCAAGGGGAAUUAGCAGCUGGGCACAUAUAAUAAUUUGAAAUAAGGCAGACACAUUUAAAUUUAGUAAUGGCAAAUGCAAAAUCUGAAGAUACAGACCUUUUUGUAGUUUUCAAAAGAAAUGUGCUGACAGCUCUGUGGAUGUGUUGAGGUCACAAGGUGGGUGAAGAAUAGCGGGUGGAAAUGACUUUCACUUCUGAAGGGGUUCCUUAAGGUGCUGAGCACCCUGUGCUGAGCAAUUUAAAAGAAAUGAGGUUAAGCUGGGCACAGAAGUGUGAACCUCGGGGCUGUGAGGGGCCUAGAAAUAACCUGGAAUAGCUCUUCGGCAUUGGCUGGUUUUCUGGGUACCCUGACAUCUUACUCGAACAGUGCACUUCUGGGGGCCUUUUAGGGAAUGGAUUGUGCUACCCCCGGCAGCCCUGGGGCAGGAACCCCUGCUGGGUUGCGCUGGGGGAAUGAUACAGCACCCUCUUCCUGACUGUUCCAAUGUGAAAACUGAAGAAAUGUUGCAAACUUGCAGUCUCCCUUGUAUUGAUUUCAAGUCACUGAACUAAAACUCUUCUGUGUGUUGUGUAUGGCAAUUAUUUUUUACCUUAAACCAGGAUUUGAAGUUGAGAGGCCUUCCAUUAAGCAUAACCCAGCAUAUCAAAUGCUGAAAAAUGUGUAGUACAUUUAUCAUAUAAAGUUGAUAAUAGAUUUAAAAUAAAAUUAUGUUCUUCCA